ACUCGUACGCACCCUCCUCUCUGUCUGCAUCCCUUCUCCGAGGCAACGACCCCCAUGCUCUGUGCGAGACCCAUAGCAGCGUCGCUCUGUCAGGAGGAUAAAGCAGGAGACGAGACAAGGAAACAGGGGAAAAAAACAUGGCGCUCAUCCCAUCUCAGGUGCUAAGGGUAGCCAUCCUCCUGUCCUAUUUCUCCAUCCUCUGCAAUUAUAAAGCCAUUGACAUGCCCGCGCAUCAAACAUACGGCGGUAGCUGGAAGUUUUUAACAUUCAUAGACCUGGUUAUCCAGGCAGUGUUCUUUGGCGUGUGUGUGCUGACAGACCUGUCCAGCCUGCUGACCAAGGGAAGUGAGAGCCAGGAGCAGGAGAGGCAGCUUAGGAAGCUCAUUGGCCUGAGGGACUGGAUGAUGGCCGUGCUGGCCUUCCCUGUUGGAGUGAUGCUUGAAACCACAGAUCCACAACAAACAGAUGCUUCCAUUCUCAUUGCCUUUUCAAGCAUUAUUCAUGGUGUUGAAAUGCAUGUAACUGUGCUGAUCUACAAGUAAUUUUGCGUGCCUAAUAACACCAGACAAUAUCAGGAGCCUAGUCAAAUUUCGCACUGUGCCCAGCUUCACGGGCUGACCAAUGUGAGGCGGCCUGUUCCUGAUCUUGCCCAUUUGCGCGGCACCUUCAGUAUUCAAAUGCUAAAAUGGCUUGUGUGGUAUUAGGCUUUAUUAGUUGUAUGACAACCUGUCAUUUGCUAGGUUAUUGUUAUCUAUGAGCCAUUGAAAAUGGUGUUUUACCAGAAUUAAAGUAAACUACCAGAGACAACUCUCAUCUGGCAAUAGCCUACCUGCUGAACAGGGCUUACAAUAGCUGUUAUUUCGAUUGCCCAAGUUCAGCAAUAGUUUUGGUAGUUUUGCUUUAAACAAUCGUUGUAUAUGUUCAUUUUUAGAUAUAUACGGUAAAGUGAAUCAUUUCAUAACAAGCAAUCACUUUUGCGAGGUGCACUGUAUGGCCGAAUUGAAAGAAGAGGACAUUUCUGUAAAUACAUCUAAACGGUCAAAACCAUUGAGAUGGGGGUGAAAUCCAAAGUUGUGCCUGACUAUGUCAUAGCUCAUUUGUAAACAAUAAUUAUUGAUAUAUUACCAGUGUUGUAGUGCUAUUUUUUUUAGGUGAGGAACAGCAUUUUUCCUCAAAGUUUGUACCGACAGAUGUAGCCAAUUUAAUAGCCUAUCAUUAAAGAAAAUGCUUAUGCUCCUUCGAUAGCAAGGUCUGCAUGUGCCCACACAUAUUGUCUCAAGAAAAUGUUAUAUUUGUAAUACCCUCAAACACCAAGUUAGGCAUAGGCUACCUAAUUUCAAAAUAGGCCAUCAUCACUGUCCAUCGUAAAUUAUAAUUCUUCACAUUUUACAAGUUUUACAUUUUACUUCCAAACUGCAUCCCCUGUUAAUAAUUUGAUUGAUCUCAAUCAGUUUCAUGUAUUUAGAUCUUCUUGAAUUACUGUUUCAUGAGUGAAUUAGAGCAAAUGAUGUUAACAAACUAUUAGCCUUUCUUGUAUUUUGUUUCAAUCAAACCAUAUGUCCAUAUGGCACAGUUUUGGCACAUUAUAUUUUUUUGUCUUUUGACUAUUCAGCUUCAGCUAACCAUCCUGAAAUCUCAUUAGAAAUGAAGAGGUGUUUUUGGUGGAACAGUAAACGUUGAAGGACUAUGCUAUGGUAUGAUAUCUGGUUCUGUUAUGUAAAAUGCGAAUUCAUCAUUAUGUGAUCUUGCAAGACAUUGAUUCAGCUUUGAUCUAACUUUACUAAAUGAGCACCAUUGUGAGAAGUGAUGAUAUUCUGUUAUAAUAAUAAUAAAAUAUUACUAUUAUUAUUAUUAUUAUUACUAAGAGAUGAGAAGGACUAUUAGGCGUAGGCAACAGAUCUUGAUGAGUGUUAUUUUAAGCGAUUGGAGCGCCCUUCGGGGUGCUGAAGGACAGCGCCAGGAUUGCGUAAUGAUGUUAAAGAAGUUGAACCAACUUGUGGUGCUGAAGGAUAGCGCUGCCAUUUGGUUCAGGAACAACAAUAAUUUGCAGUAGGCCUAUAGCCUAAUAGGCCUGUGACUAUAUGGUAUAGCUAUUUGUAGGCUAUAGCCUAAUGUAAAUACAAAUACAUAUAGCUUAAUAUCAUUACACUGUUUGCGAGGAGAGCUUUAUUGUGUGUUGGCAUUUUCAUUGUAUUGUGUACCUUACACACGGCAUCAUAAAUAAACUUUGAUUUGAUUAGCUUAAACCCAUGGUUACAAUAUACCCUAUUACAGAAUAAAACAGAGGUGAACUAUCACUUCAUAGAAUUUAUUUGAAUAGAUUAAACAUGCUAUCAAAUAAAUUGACCAAGUAGUGAACAUGAACCAUUACUACGUAGAAUUACAGGAAAUUCAUUAUGAAACAGCCAUAAAAUCAAAAUGUUGGUGUGGCGUAUUCAUGCAUCUCAAUAAACUAGAAGCUUAAUGCAUUGUUACCUCCAACUUGGACCAAUUUACAAUUCACAUUCCUGACUGACAUUCUAAGCUAGAACAGGCCCUGCAUCUCAGCUAAUAGUCAAUAUAGGUUAAAGAUCCAAAGCAGAGCUACAGCAACUUCCAGACAGGGUCCGGCUUUACAGUGGCCACUCUGGUUUGGGUGUCCUCGGCAGAAUGGUACCACUGUAACCAAGUGGUCGCAUAUUGUUCUGGGUUCCACUGUGCAAGAGGGUUCCGCUUUUGUGAACAUCAAGGCAGACACACAGUGAAUUUUUAUUUUUUUUCAACGUUCUGAUUGGCCAAAAUGGUCAAGCCGACGGGCCUCCGCAGUGCACACACAGCCUAUAGUUUUUCCUCAUUCGCACCACCACCAGAGAGAAGACAGGGGAGAAACCCCCAUUCACCUCUAGGCUGCGAUACAUAUUUAUUUGGUUUGUCAUUCUAUCGUUUUUCAUGGAGUUUUAGUGGUAAUUAAAUAUAAUUUAUAAUUCAUUUUCCAGAAAUAGUUUUAUCAGCUCCAUGUAUUCUCAAAUUGAAAAAAGUGAGGGCAGCACUACUCCCCUGUACAUUACUAGCUCAAACACUUAAUCUGCAAAAAUGAAUAGUUAAUUAGUGGGUGAUGGUAAUUUCAAAACCAAAGUGGGGAGACAAAAAACAGGCUACAUUGCCCCCUCUAAUCUGGUAGUGGGGUGGUACAGUAGAUGCCUAAUCUCCUGUAUGGCUCAGCUCAUAGUACAUGCACCAUAGACAACUGGUCAACUGGUCAAACAUGUAAUUUGGAAAUUUUGCACAGAAAAUCUUUCCAGGUUUUUCUUUUUAAGAGUUAUUGCAUUUUUGUUUGCGAAAGAAGAAGAGUUGACAGAACUUAAUUGAAGCAUUCAUUCUAUCUUUAUGACAUUUAUGACAUUGUGGUGAGCAAAGGUUUAUAUCGUUUCUAGGACAACAUAUGACAGAAGAGAAGCUGCAUGUAUCUAAUUACAGUAUAGACAAGUUGACUAAGAAAUAGCCAUACUAAAAUGUUGGAAAUUAUAAGCAGAAACAUAUGCUAUCUACAGUGCAUUUGGAAAGUAUUCAGACCCCUUCCCUUUUUCCAAAUCUUGUUAUGUUACAGCCUUGUAAAAAAUAGAUUACAUUAUUAUUUUCCCUCAUCAAUCUACACACAAUACCCCACAAUGACUAAGCAAAAAUAGAUUUUUUGAAAUAUUUGCAAAUGUAUUA